UUCGUGGCGCUGUUGAGCACGUGGGGGUGUGCUGCAAUUGACAGCAGAGCUACGUAGUACAGUGUGUGGGAACUCAGAAGACGGUUUUCCGUGCGUGUUGUGUUGAGUACCAGCAAUGGCCCUGUUGAAGUCAAGCAAGAUCAUUUCUACCGUCGGGGUACACCCUCCAUUGGGUGUGCUCUCCAUUCGUGCCAGCUCAUGGUGGUCUGAGGUGCAGAUGGGUCCCCCUGACCCCAUCCUGGGGGUGUCAGAGGCCUACAAGCGAGACACCAACCCUAAGAAGAUGAAUCUGGGUGUAGGAGCAUACCGUGAUGACCAGGGCAAACCAUAUGUCCUCAGCUGUGUUCGCAAGGCUGAAGCUCAGAUUGCUGCAAAGAAGCUGGACAAAGAAUACCUGGCUAUUGGUGGUCUGGGGGACUUUACCAAGGCAUGCGCCAAGCUGGCUUUAGGAGACAACAAUGAGGUUAUCCAGAGUGGCAGGAACAUCACUGUCCAAACUAUUUCUGGAACUGGGUCCUUGAGAAUUGGAGCCAACUUCCUGUCCCGUUUCCAUACAGAGGCCCGGGAUGUGUACCUGCCCAAGCCCUCCUGGGGGAACCAUACACCCAUCUUCAGAGACGCUGGGAUGCAACUGAAGGCCUACACCUACUAUGACCCAAAGACCUGUGGCUUUGACUUCCAGGGAGCCCUGAAUGACAUUUCUAAAAUUCCUGAGAAAAGUGUCAUCAUGCUUCAUGCCUGUGCCCACAACCCCACAGGAGUGGAUCCUCGGCCAGAGCAGUGGAAGGAGAUUGCUAACCUGGUGAAGAAAAGGAACCUCCUGGUGUUCUUUGACAUGGCCUACCAGGGCUUUGCCAGUGGUGAUAUUGACCGUGAUGCCUGGGCUGUCCGUUAUUUCAUUGAGCAAGGCCACAACAUUGUGCUCUCUCAGUCCUUUGCAAAGAACAUGGGUCUCUAUGGUGAGCGUGUUGGGGGCUUCACUGUGGUGUGUAAGGAUGCUGAGGAGGCCAAGCGUGUGGAGUCCCAGCUGAAGAUCCUCAUUCGGCCCAUCUACUCCAACCCUCCCAUGAACGGGGCGCGCAUCGCUGCCACCAUCCUCAAUACACCAGACCUGUACAAAGAGUGGCUGGGGGAGGUGCAUGGCAUGGCUAACCGCAUCAUCACAAUGAGGGAGCUGUUAGUGGCCAACCUGAAGAAGGAGGGCUCUACUCAGAACUGGCAGCACGUCAUUGACCAGAUUGGCAUGUUCUGCUUCACAGGGCUGAAGCCUGAUCAGGUGGCGCGCCUCACAAAGGAGUUCUCCGUCUACAUGACAAAGGAUGGGCGUAUCUCCAUGGCUGGCGUCACCUCUGGCAAUGUGGGUUACCUUGCACAAGGUAUCCAUGCAGUGACCAAGUGAGAUGGCUAACCAGGAGUCACACCGUAGUCACCACCAGAGGAUAGAGGGGCGGUAGCGCCAGACAAGAAAAACAAAACAACUUUUAUGUAAAUUAACCCUCUCCUCUGCUUUGCUUUAGGGAAAGACUCAAAAAUAUAAGAUGCCAUAGGGUUAUUUUAUUUGGCAUUUCCUGUUGGCAUUGUCUAGAUGUUGGACUAUCUGUGACUAGGUUUUUAAUGUGCGGUUCCCUGAAAAAAAUAUCCAUGGAAUUCUUGAAUCUUUUUUUACCCUCCCUCAGACAUGCAUGCAGUGGUCAUGAGCUCAAAAUAUCUUGUGUAAGUCAUACUUGACAAUGAAAACUAACAAGCACAAUAUCACUGUUUGGAAUCAUGUCUUAUAUUGCAGCAUGUCCUCUCACUUGGCCUGAGCACACCCUGUCUCUAAGAACUGUGCUCAACUAUUGGCUGUGAUGUGGAACACCAAAGUAAUAAUGGUUAAGACAUUUUUCUAGAAAAUUCUUUACUAAAGAUACUGUCUCUUUAAGGUAAUUGUAUUGAAAUGUGUGUCUAAUUUAUUAAGGAUUCAUUUACAAAAUCAUUUUCCAAAAAUAUGUUAGGUGCUACAAACCUUUGUUACAACUUUAAUGCCAGUGGAACCUUUCUAGGUGAUGGUACUGGGGUCAUGGCACUUGUUUUAUGUGGGAAGAUAUGUGCUGCAUGGAGUCCCUGAUUGUGAUGAUCAGCCAGCCACUGUGUGCUAAGGAUGUUAUUUUGCUGUUGUAACGGAAGAGCGCUGUCUACCAAUCAACAACUGCCACAUCUCCCACUGAUACUGUACCAUUUAAUUAAAUAGAUUAUUUAUAUACACUA